GCGGUUUCAUUGUGGCCCUGCAGAGCUAACGCCAUCACACGCAGCGGCUACGACGGGCAGUACGGCGACAUCAGGGCCACCACAGCGGCGCAGUCUUUAUUACUGCCAAUCUAUUUCAUUACAACGGCAAUGGACCCUAGAGCUGUGGAUUAUUAGACGCGUUUUAAUCGGGCCUCUGUUUUGGUGGCUCUCAAAGCAAUGUGGAGGAAAUAAAGAUCCUGACAAGCUGAAAACCAGAGAUUAUAGAUAAUGGGCUGUGUGCAAUGCAAGGAUAAGGAAGCAACCAAACUCACAGACGACAGAGAUACCAGCAUCUCCCAGGGAGCAGGCUACCGCUAUGGGGCGGACCCCACGCCACAGCACUACCCCAAUUUCGGGGUCACCGCCAUCCCCAACUACAACAACUUCCAUGCCCCUGUCGGACAGGGGAUGACUGUCUUCGGAGGGGUUAGCACUUCCUCUCACACCGGAACCCUGAGGACUCGUGGUGGGACGGGAGUCACCCUCUUUGUGGCACUUUACGACUACGAGGCGCGGACAGAAGACGACCUUAGCUUCAGGAAAGGAGAAAGGUUCCAGAUUAUCAACAGCACUGAAGGGGACUGGUGGGAUGCUCGCUCGCUCACCACCGGUGGCAGCGGCUACAUUCCCAGUAAUUACGUGGCUCCAGUGGACUCUAUCCAGGCUGAGGACUGGUACUUUGGUAAACUGGGCCGUAAAGAUGCAGAGAGGCAGCUGCUGUCCACUGGAAACCCACGAGGCACCUAUCUCAUUCGGGAGAGCGAAACCACAAAGGGGGCCUUCUCCUUGUCCAUACGAGACUGGGACGAUGUGAAAGGAGACCACGUCAAGCAUUAUAAGAUCCGCAAGCUGGACAGUGGCGGCUACUACAUCACCACCAGGGCUCAGUUUGACACGUUGCAGCAACUGGUUCAGCACUACUCAGACCGAGCCGCUGGGCUCUGCUGUCGCUUGGUGGUUCCCUGCCACAAAGGGAUGCCCCGCCUUGCCGACCUGUCCGUCAAAACCAAAGAUGUGUGGGAGAUCCCGCGGGAGUCACUGCAGCUAAUCAAGCGUCUUGGGAAUGGGCAGUUUGGGGAGGUCUGGAUGGAGAGUGCGGAUGGUUUGUGCUUUAAUUUAACGGGCGUGUGUGUGAACUACAUCCCUGACACUGUGGGCUUGAGUCAUGAUGCCUGGGAGAUCAGCAGAGACACACUUGAGUUGGAAGUAAAGCUGGGAACAGGAUGUUUUGCUGAUGUGUUUUAUGGAACAUGGAAUGGCACCACUAAGGUGGCAGUGAAGACUCUGAAGCCUGGCACCAUGUCCCCAGAGUCCUUCCUGGAGGAGGCUCAGAUCAUGAAGAAACUCCGCCAUGACAAGCUAGUGCAGCUCUACGCUGUGGUGUCUGAGGAGCCCAUUUACAUUGUCACAGAGUAUAUGGGCAAAGGAAGCCUGCUGGAUUUCUUGAAGGAUGGAGAAGGACGAGGGUUAAAGCUGCCGAACCUGGUGGACAUGGCAGCACAGGUGGCAGCAGGCAUGGCCUACAUCGAGAGGAUGAACUACAUCCACAGAGACCUGCGCUCCGCCAACAUCCUGGUGGGAGACAAUCUGGUGUGCAAGAUCGCUGACUUUGGACUGGCAAGGCUCAUUGAGGACAAUGAAUACACUGCUCGGCAAGGUGCAAAGUUCCCCAUCAAGUGGACCGCCCCAGAGGCUGCGCUCUACGGAAAGUUCACCAUCAAAUCGGACGUGUGGUCAUUUGGCAUCUUGCUCACAGAGCUGGUCACAAAGGGUCGGGUGCCUUACCCAGGGAUGAAUAACCGUGAGGUGCUGGAGCAGGUGGAGCGGGGCUACAGGAUGCCGUGCCCCCAGGACUGCCCCAUCUCACUGCACGAGCUCAUGCUGCAGUGCUGGAAGAAGGAUGCAGAGGAGCGUCCCACCUUUGAGUACCUACAGGCCUUCUUGGAGGACUACUUCACAGCCACUGAACCUCAGUACCAGCCCGGGGACAACCUCUAAACCCCCCUCCUGACUCUCUCUCUCUCCAGGGGUCGGGUGCCACUUGGGGCUGGGACCACAUUGGCCGAAUCAGUGCUGUUAAAAAAAAAAAAAACUUUGGAGCCUUCCCAGUCAGGCCUUUAUUUUAGGGAUCUGUACAGCUUCCUCAGCUCAACCCGAGCAUUUCAGUUCAAUACCAACCCCCAGAAACACAGCCCUCAGUCUCUGACACCCCCUCUAGUGUCUGAACUCUGCAAAUGCGAUAAUUAGGGAAGCUGAGGGAUGGAGGAUGGACAGAAACAACAGGGGUUGUGAUAAUGCAAUGAAAUACUUGUAUUCAGUGUAAAUAAGAAAGGCUCAUUUUAGUUUGUUUGCAUCUGUUUAAUAUUUUAUUUUCUCCAGCACAAAAUAAUAAUAAUGAGAAAAAUAAUAAAGGCAAAGAAAGAUGAGCACCUGAGCAGGCACAGUUAAUCUGUACAUGUAUUAUACUGUAGUUCCUGUAUUAUUUUCUAGAGACUGAAUUGGAAGCCUCAUUUUUUUUAUAUUUUUUUCCCCAUAAUGUAAAAAAAAAAUGUGCCCCCAGAUUAUUGCUUUAUUCUUGACUUUUCAGUUAGUAGUAUUGCAGAGGCUUCUUUGGACGAGCAUGAUGCAGUCCUCCGUCAGCCUUUUUUCUCUUUUCUUGCACUCCUCUGAAGCUUCCUUAGAGCGCUAGUUGUUAGACUACUGCUGUUUGGAACAAGGUUCUUUUACAAAUGAUAUUCAGUAUGUCACAUUUUUGUAAAUUAAAGCCAAGCGUGCAAGGAUUUUCAACAUAUCCCUCCUCACUUAUAAUUUUAAGAAAACCUGGGUGGAUUGUUUCUGUCUUUGUACCACAAGUGUUGUUUUUGUUUAAGCAGGGAGAGAGAAAGGUUGACGUAAUUUAAGAAGAGUAUGUAUGCCUUUAUUUGAGCUGUCAUUCCGAGGCCUCUCCUCAUCAUCAAGGUUCUUGUUUUCGGGGAAGUCUGCGUGGACAGUGUUUUUCCUCGUCUCCUGCACAUCCUCCUGCAGGGCGCUGACCUGCAGCUGAACCUGGACCACCUCACCCUCUGAGUUAUUCCUUCUUUUAUGUUUUACUGACAAGGCUGUAUUGGAUCAGUAUUUGAGUCUUUGAUUUCUACAGAUUUUUUUUUUUUGUUUAACCUUUUAAGUGAUCCUUUAACAGUCAGUUGUAUUGUAAGUUCAGAGGAGCUCUGGGGCCAAUUCAUGCUGCAAUUCAGAACAGAAAAUUGAAGAUUUUAAGAAAACCACUGAAUUGAAAAUGAAUUGAACCCAGCUCUGAUCUGGUCUUUAUGCAGAUGGUUUCAUGGCCAACGAAAACCCCUCAUUUUUAAGUUGUACAGCUAAAUGGUUUUUAAGUGUUGCUAACUUCCCUCCUUUGUAUCUUUCAUUUGCAUUUUUUAACAUAACUUGUUUUGUUAAUUCAGUGAUUUGGCGUUUGAAAUUCAAAAAAAGAAAAAUAAACAUUUUACACUCUG